AUGACAGAGGAUGAUGAGGAGGAGGAAAUCGAAGACAAAUGGGAAGCGACGGACGGGAAGCGAAGGAAGGAAAUGUGGAGAAUGCUCGACCAGCCAUCUGCCUCGCCUCGAAGGGGUUGCCAAGGGUAUGUGCCGAUCUUCUCCGCUUUUUCGACGGAAUCUAACAAUCAAUCUCGCAGACAUCCUCGGUGUACUUCUGUACCACCACACACACAUUCCACCGAGACCUGCUGGCCUGCAACACCCAAGCAUCUUGCACAACACAAGGCACCCAACCACAGACGACCUCUCAUCAAGCAAGGCGGCCAAGCAGCACCAAUCAGCAACUCCAGACAGCUGUACAGCACCAAACAACACAAGGUACACCCACCCACCAGCAACCUCUUAAGCAAAGCGGUGGCGGCAGCCAAAACCAGCCAGUGGAUCCUUGACAACAGCCUACCAUCAGCCAGCCAUGCUGUCGAUCAGAAGAAGGAAGUUCCACCACAAAACAGAAUACCAUCGACCGAGACAGCAAGUGUCAACGAGAUUCGGAUGCUUCACCCAACUCCUGCAGCCAGUCACCCCAAAGCUACAACGCACACAACGCACACACACCAGAGUCAAGAAACAACCUCGGACGCCACAAACACGAAACCGUGUAACGUUUCAGCGACAAGGCGAUUGACUUGGCAGCACCCCUCGUCGCACUAA